GGUUAGAUUAUGAGCAGAAAAUGAAAACAAAAACAACAACAAACACUUUUCGCCUGUUCGGUUUUCGGUAAUUUCGGUUGCAGGUUGCCACAGCGUUUUGCAUAUUGAGUCCAGUCACUUUUAUAAUAAUCAACUAUACGAUUUUUGUAAAAUGUUGAAUGUAUGUAGAACAGUGUGUUCCCAAAAAUUGAAGACAAUUCGUUUAUUUUCUUCAGACACAAUUUUUGCUUUAUCCUCAGGUCAUGGAAAAUGUGGGGUUGCCGUCAUUCGGGUCUCUGGGAAGAAUUCACCUACCGCUCUGAAACUAUUGACAGAUUCCAAUGUAUUACCGAAAGCAAGAAGUGCAAUUUUGCGACGUAUAAAACAUCCUAUAAGCAAAGAAACAUUGGACAGAGGACUAAUUUUGUGGUUUCCUGGCCCCAAAAGUUUCACAGGAGAGGACAGUUUUGAACUACAAGUACAUGGUGGAAUAGCAGUAGUCAAUGCGAUUUUGAAUGCUCUGGGAUCCAUUCCCAGUUUGAGACUGGCCGAGCCAGGAGAGUUCACCAGAAGGGCAUUUCAUAAUGCUAAGCUGGAUUUAACUGAAGUAGAAGGACUUGCAGAUCUGCUACAAGCUGAAACCGAGUUACAAAGAAGACAGGCAUACCUGCAAACAGAGGGUUCCUUAAGCAAGUUAUAUAAUAAAUGGAAGAAAACAUUGACUAAUGGAGUUGCUCAUGUGGAAGCUCAUAUUGAUUUUGGAGAGACAGAAACGUUAGAACCCCAUCUGAUUGAACACGUUGCCAAAGAUAUCCAUAUUUUAGCACGAGAUAUAGAACAGCACUUAGCAGAUGGUAGAAAAGGGGAGAUACUUAGAAAUGGGGUGAAAACAGUUAUCUUAGGGGAACCCAAUGUAGGGAAGAGCAGUUUACUGAAUUUAUUGUGUGAAAGGCCUGCAGCCAUAGUAACUCCCAUUGAAGGAACAACUAGAGAUGUUUUAGAAGUUACACUGAACAUACACGGUUACCCUUUAGUGUUGGCAGAUACUGCAGGUCUGCGAUCAAGCACCAAAGAUAUUAUUGAGAAGGAAGGUAUUGAGAGGGCACUGAAACUAUAUGAGAAAUCAAAUUUGGUUAUUCUUGUUGUUGAUAUGGAGAAAUAUCGAAAUUGGAAAAGAAUACAUGAGGAGAGAGGCAUUAAUAAGUAUUUGAAGGAAUAUGUGGAUAAGUUAAAAAUAUCCAAUCUGAUUGAUGCCAGCGAUGAAAAUAUAUCAUUCACUAAACAAUGUUUAGUUGUAUUCAACAAAAGUGAUUUAGGUCAAGAUGAAGAUGCUUCCAUUGAUGAAGAUCAUUUUGUCAGGAUAUCAUGUAAAACCGAAGAUGGAGUGGCGAAACUUACCCAUAUGAUAUCACAAAAACUAAGAAUAUUAUGCGGAGAACCUUCUGAGGAGCAUCCGAGUAUGAACCAAUUGAGGCAUCGACAGCAUCUUUCGGAUUGCCUGAAAUCACUCCAGUUAUUUUUAGAUGAAGUUUCCUCUGAUGAUACCAAAGAAUACGAUUUGGUAAUAAUGGCUGAAUAUUUGAGAAAAUCGCUAAGACAACUUGGAAAGCUGGUAGGAAAUGUGACUACUGAUCAAUUACUCAACGUUAUCUUUAAGGACUUUUGUAUAGGAAAAUGAGAAGUUGUGUGAUUUGAACAGAUUAGUGGAGAAACUUGAUGCGAUAUCAACAACAACACGUAUCAGAAUGUUUCAGGUUUGAGAUUUAUAAAAGGUGAUCAAACACGAUUUAAUGUAC